GGUAAGUCUCUCCCAACGAGUCGUGAUAUACCUGUGGAAUAACUGAUUAGUACUCCCUUUUCUCACUUUCGCUCUCUUCCCCCAACAGAAUAGCCUUGGAGCUGACACUGGCCCGGGUUACUAGCACUUGGUCAACCUGGCCUGCAGUCUCUUGAAGCUGCGUCACCAUGCCUACAUGACGCAGCAGCAAGUGGCGGAGAUCGUCGCCCUCUGGGAACGAUUGCCAGAGGGCAAUAAGGCCCCAGUCCACUUCCCGACAUGCCACCAGGAAAGACUGGUGAAGGGGAGGUUCCGACGCAAGCACUCGCAGACCAGUGUCACACCGGGAGUGGAGAGCUUGCGACGGUAGGUACUCAACCUCUUUGGUGUGGCCUCUUUCCUUUUGAUUGGAUAUCGAUGGCAGGACUGACUGACUGACUGACUCUCUUUCUCUCUGUCUCUCAAACCCACCCCCCGAAUUUUGUAGGUGUAUGGUCGGCCAAGGCGGCCAAGCCGCAAAGAUGCCAAACAUCAGCUGCCUUGUGGCGGCCGUUUGUACAGAGCUGUCCAGGAUUCACCCCGAAAGAACCACCAUCUGCAGUGUGAGGGUGAACCACUGGGCAGCUGUGAUGCGUGAUUACAUCUGCAUUCAACAGAACAUCCUUACAAACCCGGUACUCAUGGCCCAGACACGUAUCCAGUUAUUCCCCCUCAAUCAGCGCACCCUGGCACAAUGGCACUACGUUCACACCAGGGAGCUGGUACGGCGGGUUCUGGAGAUGGCCGUGCCAUUGCCAAGCAACUCGGCCCUUGCUUCAGAGCCCGCCCCUGCCAUACGCCCACGACCCACAGGCCCCAAGCAGACCACUGCACAAGAUUUUGUAUACCAUGACCCACCUGACCUAUCUGGUCAGGCCAAAGCCUGCUACUUGGGUGGGGUUGGGCUGCCUUGGGUGAGGCCUAAUCCAGGGGACCCAGACCUGAGUUUAAGGUUUGAGAACCAUUGCGAGGCACUAACUGGUUUAAUGAUGCACGCCUCCAACAGGAUGCGUAGUUCACCUCCUGGAGGUUGGAUGAUAGGGCAUAUGAAAGGAUCAAGAAGAGGCUGGUGGCUGAAAGUUGAGAGACAACUAGAACCUAUGAAAAGAGCUGGAUGCUGA